AUGCGGAAUCAGACCAAAAAGAAGGCCACCAUUUAUGAUCUCUCGGUGCUUUCCGGCAGUUCGCCAUCCACAGUCAGCGCGGUACUGAACGGCACGUGGCAAAAACGCCGCAUCAAACAAAGCACGGCAGAACAUAUUCGGGGAUUGGCGGAAGAACACCAAUACACAGCUAAUCUUCAGGCGAGAGGUUUGCGGCGGUCGCGCUCAGGUCUGGUCGGGCUGUUGCUGCCCAUUCACGACAAUCGCUAUUUUUCGUCGAUGGCACAAACGUUCGAAGCACAUGUGCGCAGCCGGGGACAAUGCCCCGUGGUUGUCAGCGCACGGCGUGAUCCGGAAGAGGAACGUCAGACGGUCGAAGCCCUGAUUGCCUAUUCCAUUGAUGAACUGAUCAUAGCAGGCGCGACUGACCCGGAUGGUGUCCAUGCCGUCUGCGAGGCUGCGGGGUUGAAACACGUUAAUAUCGAUCUGCCGGGCAGCAAGGUCCCGUCCGUCAUCAGCGAUAAUUAUGAAGGCGCACGACUUCUCACUAAAGCACUUAUAGACCAUGUCGAUCCGGCUCGCCCGCUGCUGUCGUCCGAACUCUAUCUCUUUGGCGGCCGUAAUGACUUUGCAAGCCAGGAACGUAUUCGCGGUUUCCGCGCGAUCAAGCAGGAAAUGAUGGGAGCAGAUCCCUUGGAUUGCAUACAGCCGACAGGCUACUCUCCCGCCAAAACCGCAAAGGCCUUUGAGGCCUUCUAUGAAAACGAAGGCAAACUGCCCCGGGCUUUGUUCAUCAAUUCCUCCAUCAACUUUGAAGGCCUCUUGCGUUUCCUCGGGCAUCACCCGCACGAGACAUUUUCCGAUAUUGUGGUUGGUUGCUAUGACUAUGAUCCCUUUGGAUCAUUCCUGCCUUUUCCUGUCUUCAUGAUCCGGCAGGACGUCGAAGGGAUGAUCACCAAAGCCUUCAGUCUUCUCAGCGAAGGUCGUCAGGCACCCCACGUCCAUCUCGUUGAGCCGAUGCUGGUUCCUCCCCGUACGGCCCUGAUCGGCCCGCUGGAUGCGAUCAAAGACAUUGAGUGA